AUCCACCGGACUACAACUCCCAUCAAUCCACUCCUUUUUCCUGUUUUUCUUCUCGUCAUGUGAGUUCAUGCGCAUGAGUGUUAAUGCGUCGCCCGCGCCAAAAAAAGAUGUAGAUUCCCCCAAGCGAAGGUCGGUGUCGUCCAGCUUGUAACGCGUGUAAGAGAAGUGCCUGUUUGUUGUGUAAAGUGUUCACCAACUGUCCUCCGUCUUCUCUUAAGAGUGUUGUUGCUGCCAAGCAGCCGGUCGCCGCGGAGCAGGGAUAGCGAGGCGGGUGAGUUGAGCAGCAAGGGCUGGGGCUGCUUGGUCACGAGAGAGUAAAGGGAGCCUGCAGGCCUCGACUCGCUCUCCUUCGGCUGUCUCAGGCUCUUGGCAAGUGCCGGGUCUCCCUAGUUGGAGGGGAGGAAGGCGAAUCUGAAGCAUUACUUUUGUUGACCACCAUGUUUCUAUUAGUGGAAAUGACUGAUACUGUGCGAAUUCCUCCAUGGCAGUUCGAAAGGAAACUUAAUGAUGCCAUCACUGAAGAGUUAAAUAAGAAGUUAGCCAAUAAGGUUGUGUAUAAUGUUGGCCUUUGCAUUUGCCUGUAUGACAUCACAAAGUUGGAAGAUUCCUACAUAUUCCCAGGAGAUGGUGCAUCACAUACAAAAGUGCAUUUUAGGUAUGUCGUAUUUCACCCCUUCUUGGAUGAAAUUCUGGUUGGAGAAAUAAAAGGCUGCAGUCUGGAAGGAGUUCGUGUUUCUCUUGGAUUCUUUGAUGACAUCAUCAUUCCUCCAGAAUCUCUACAGCAACCUGCCAAGUUUGACGAAGCAGAACAAGUAUGGGUUUGGGAAUAUGAAACUGAAGAAGGAGCCCAUGACCUCUAUAUGGACACAGGGGAGGAAAUCCGUUUCCGUGUAGUUGAUGAAACUUUCAUUGACACAUCCCCAAGAGGCCCAAGCUCUGCAGAGCCUUCCACCUCUAGUGCCACAGAGGAGGUACAGAAGAAAGAGGCACCCUACACUCUAGUGGGAUCUAUCAGUGAACCUGGUCUGGGCCUCCUAUCCUGGUGGACAAACAGUUAGCCAAAUGGAGAGAUUUGUGCGAGAUGGGAGCUUACCAAAUUGGAAAAGCCAGCUGCUGCCUUUUCUCUUUCUCUCGUUGAACAGCAAUUGCAAUGCAAGCUUUGUGUUCUCACUUCUACUUUACCCUAGAUCUGAAGUAGAAGAUGAAUGGGAACAUCGAAGUGAUGUCACUGACAUAAAAUAUUUGCAUACCAUGGCCUUGUCAACAAAUGCAGGUGGUCCUGACCUUUCUACCCAGAAGAACUGGGCAUAAAUACUUAAGAAGAAUCUCUUACCCUGGAAAAAAGAAUUGAGGCAGGCCUUGUGUUUAAAACAUAUGCAAGAAGAAUUUUGGAAAAAGAACAUCUGCCUGGAAGAAACUAGUAUCUCAGGCUACCACCUUCUGUUUCACGUUGUGACUGGAAGGUGGAGAAGAAUUAUACUGUGAAAGCUUGCAGUCAUUUUAUUUGAAUGCCUGACGUUUUCCCCAUUGGGUUGGAGGAGUUUCUGACAGUGGGAAAUCAAUGCUUUGGCUCUUAAAGGUUGUCAAAGCCUGGUGAUGAAGGCUGCAAAACUAGGGUAAGGGUGGGAUCUCCUGUGUCUAUAUCUGGUGGAGAACCUUUGGCCCUCCAGUUGUUGCUGAACUACAGUUCCCAUCAGGAUGGACAAAAGGUCCCCCACUUCUGGUCUAUAUAGGCCUCCUCUAAUGUGACUUCCUGAAUGUGUUGGAACUAUUUGCGUAAGCCCUGGCAUAAUCAGUGAGCCAUUCUAUUUUCAGAACAUUGUAAGAACUGAAAUCUGGAAAGUUUAGAGAGCAAACAGAAACCUUGUCAGCUGCCUUCCUAAUCCUGUCUUCUGUGAAAACACAUAACUUCCAUUUCAUUUUUGCUUAGAAACAGAUGGUCUUGUUCUAUGGAGAGAGAGAAUUCUAAUGAAAGUAGCUGUAAAACUGAAUGACACCUCUGUGUUCAGGCCCAACUAUCAGAACUGCUAUUAAACAAAACAGCUCAAUAA